AUGCAGAACGAACAGUUAAACGAAUUUACUCCAGCAGAGCAUAUUCAUCAGAUUCGCUCAUAUUUCGAUAUCAUAGACAAUGCAGUUCAAAUUGGUGACACUAAUAGAAAAUAUUCUGACGCAAAGAUUCCAUCACAACCUGGAACUGCUAAAGAUAACACAUGGGUAACAUUCCAUCUCUCACCUCCUGGUGAAAAUAUGUUGGACCUUUACAAUACAUUCAUUACGUAUAAAAUGGAAGGUCAAUUUAUUGUAGAUAAAGAAAUUGGUUCAGGUUCCAAUAAAACAAACCCACCAGGAUUUUGGAUUGGUUUCGAUGACGCUUUCUAUGCAGUUGCUGGAUAUCAAAUCCUUGCAAAUGGUCGUAUCGUAUAUUCUCAAGACAACGCAAGAGAAGAAGCAUAUAUAACUUCAAACUCACAAACUACCGAACAAAUAAAGAAAGUAGAUGUUUUCUCAAAGACUCGACAUGAAGAUGUAUGGAGUCAUUCGGGAACAUGUAGAACAGGACAAAUUGUUAGUGGUCCAAUUACAGCAGGAAAAUCAUUUGAUUUUAAGCUUCGUUUAAGAAUUCCUGUUAGAAGAUUCCUUCCAUUAGAAGCUAUUCGAUUUAUUCCAGCUUUUGCAGGAAACAUUCAGCUUAAAGUAAAGUUCAGUAGCGACGCCUUACAAUGCACAUCUAUAUCUGUAAAUGAUAUCAUUGCUUUCAAUCCAACUCUUAAAGUUGCAUUUGCUUCAGAUUCAAAUCCACCGACAAAUAAAUUUGUUCCAUGG